UUACAAUAACUAUCACCACCAACAGCAACACUUUAGUGAGAGAGAGAAUUCUUCCUCCGUUUACCGUUCUUCCAGUUUGAGAGAGAGAGAGAGAGAGGGUGAGUUGGUGUGUGGUUUGUGGAAAUAGGAAGAGGGUGUUUUUUUGUUGUUGUUGCUUUGAAGUAGUGGGAACAAAGAGAAACAAACCCCAUUAUAUCAUUGCCACACUUUUCUCUCCAUUUCAAUACUAUUGCUGGGUUUGCAUUUUGUCCCUUUUGCUCCUUAUUAUCACUUUGUUUCUUCUUCUUUUCUCUUCUCUUUUUGUUUUAUGGACCGUUGAUCCCUCUUUUCUCUCAAAACAUUGCCGAACAACUCUUGGAUUCAUGUGGGUUUUAUCAUUUCUCAAGCAAUGAUAAAUGCAACAAAAUAUUUGGUUUUUGUGGAUUUUCCUUUUUCUGUGAAUAGUACCCUUUUUUCUUUUCAAAUUGGUUUUGAUUUUGCAUUUGGAGUCAGUGUUUUGAUGCUUCAGGUAACUAAGUAGCUUCCUGAUCUGUGCUAGGCUCCCAUUAGUGAUUUCCAAAUUGGGGUGGUGUUUUGUUGUUAAGGGUUUGCAAUAUUGAGGUUUUUUCAAGUAAUAUUAUUAUUUUUUUGGUUUUAAGCACCAACAAGGUCAAUUGUAUUCCACAGUUCCACUACCAAUUUCAUUAUUUUUGCUCUGAGUAGCUUUUUCUUGUUGAUGAUGUGGAUUCAAGCAAUUGCUGUUGGCUUUUCUGUAUUUAGCAUUUCUUUGUUGAUUUGAUUUGGUGUGGUGGUUGUGUUUUUUAGCGACUCAAAUAGAGCAAAAUAGUAGGACUACUUGAUUUUGUCAUUGUUUCAUUUUAUGUUCUUCACUUGGUGGUUGGUUUAAGAGUUGUCUUGGUUAUGUUCAUCAUCUUGUUUGUUGGGACUUUUUAACUGGAAAUCUUUUGUGUGAUGCUAUGUCGUAUUGAGACAUGGAGAGGGUUGCAGAGCCAAAGGUACUCCCUCGAACCUUGCCUAUCCUGGUUGAGGUAUCGAACUCACGCACAGCUGCUGCAAGAGAGUCCGGUCAGAGACUAAAUCGCCAGGAAGUUUCGGGUGUCGGUGGGAUUUCACUGAGAGAAGUGAAUCAAUUGUCCAGAACAAGGGAUGUGCAUGUUCCUAUUACACAUAUGGCCUCCAUCAGAGAAGUGGCUCAGUUGACGAAUGCACGGAUAUAUUUGGUGCAAGAAGAUACAGGAUUCGAUGCUCGAUCCUCUGAAGAAUCCCUCACCUUUGAGCCUACUAUGACAUGGAAAGGAAAUGGCUCUUCACCAGAAGAAGCUGAAGAAUUUGUGCCCGAUAUUGAGACAUUGAAGGGGAGCAGUGAUUCAUUUGAGGAUGGUGGUUCGAGUUUAUUUGCUGGUGCUAGUCAUCCCCCUGAACCUGUUGAUACAGAUCUCAUGAGAACGGUUUUUGUACCGAUAGGUCAAAACAAAUCCGAGGCUGGAUGCUUAAUUAAGAACUUGCCCACAAAGGGCCCUUUCCUGGAGGAUCUCUCGAUUCGUGUUCCUGCAAAGAAACCAAGUCCAGCUGUUCUUUCCCCUGAAGAAAGUCUGGUUGAAGAACUAAAUGGCAUAGGGAACUUAUCAUUUUUAGGUCCUCGAACAUUGCAGAGUACUGAGAACUCUCUCCUCCCUCCAGAUGCUGAGGAAAAAGAAUGUGUUUGGGAUGCUUCUUUGCCUCCUAGUGGCAAUGUCAGUCCACUUAGUAGUAUUGAUAGUAUCGGUGUUGUCACUGCGAUGAGCAUUGUUAAUAGUUGUGCUAGUACGUAUCGGAGUGAUGCAAUGACCAGUGAUGGCAUGCUUAGUUUAGACAGGAACUGUGACAGUAAUAAAGGUAGUGUAAGGGGGGAUUCACUAGAGAGUGCUAAAACUAGUGUUAGUCGGCCAAGUGAUAGCAGUGGCCUCAGCGAUGACAGCAACUGGAGCAACAUUACUGGUAGUGCCAAUAAACCUCACAAAGGAAAUGAUCCUAGGUGGAAGGCUAUCCUUGCCAUCCGGUUACGGGAUGGGAUUUUGGGCAUGAGUCAUUUUAGGUUACUCAAACGACUAGGAUGCGGCGAUAUUGGAAGUGUCUAUCUCUCAGAGCUGAGUGGAACUCGGUGUUAUUUUGCAAUGAAAGUUAUGGAUAAGGCAUCCCUAGCAAGCAGAAAGAAGCUGACUAGAGUACAGACAGAGAGGGAGAUAUUGCAGUUGCUGGACCAUCCAUUUCUACCGACUUUGUAUACACAUUUUGAGACUGACCGAUUCUCGUGUUUGGUAAUGGAAUAUUGUCCAGGUGGUGAUCUGCACACUUUAAGGCAGCGGCAACCUGGGAAACAUUUUUCAGAAUAUGCUGCACGCUUUUAUGCUGCGGAGGUCCUGCUUGCUCUUGAAUAUCUUCACAUGCUUGGAGUUGUGUAUAGAGACCUCAAACCUGAAAAUGUGUUGGUCCGAGAUGAUGGUCACAUAAUGCUAUCAGAUUUUGAUCUUUCCCUCAGAUGUGCUGUGUCACCUACUCUUAUUAGAACUUCCUAUGAUGGUGACCCUUCAAAACGGGCAGGUGGUGCAUUCUGUGUUCAACCUGCAUGUAUUGAGCCAUCAUCAAUGUGCAUCCAACCUGCAUGUUUUAUUCCCCGGUUAUUUCCUCAGAAAAACAAGAAGUCACGGAAGCCAAGAGCUGAUCCUGGGUUGCCAUCCAGCACACUUCCAGAGCUUGUUGCUGAGCCUACUCAAGCUCGAUCUAUGUCCUUUGUUGGCACUCAUGAGUACCUUGCCCCAGAAAUUAUCAAGGGUGAAGGUCAUGGAAGUGCAGUUGAUUGGUGGACAUUCGGAAUUUUCUUGCAUGAGCUAUUAUAUGGUAAGACCCCUUUCAAAGGGUCAGGAAAUCGCGCUACACUUUUCAAUGUAGUUGGUCAGCAACUCAGGUUUCCCGAAUCACCGGCGACCAGUUAUGCCAGCAGGGAUCUGAUCCGUGGGUUGCUCGUGAAGGAGCCACAGCAUCGUCUUGGGGUUAAAAGGGGAGCAACUGAGAUCAAGCAGCAUCCCUUCUUUGAAGGUGUGAACUGGGCAUUGAUUAGGUGCAGCACACCGCCAGAAGUGCCGAGACCGAUGGAAAAUGAAGUACCAGCAGGGAAGGUUGUGGGACCAGUUGAUCCUGUUGGGGUUGGCAGCACUAGUAAGAGGAUAGCAGGUACUGACAACAUGAAGUCUGGGGGUAAAUAUCUGGACUUUGAGUUCUUUUAGUUUGGACUCCUCAAUCUGUUUUUUAUUAUUGUAUUUGCCAUUCUCAGUCAGUUUCAUGGGUGCUGCCCAUCAUUACAAUGUUAUUUCAGCUUACCUGUGCCUUUUAGUAGAAGUCCAUUUCAGUUGGAAAUAUGAUACCUCAACUUUAGAUUAGGUUUUUCUCCUUGUCGGAUCCGGUAUUUCAUUUGGAUAAUCCAUAAUGUAGUGUUUCUAUACAGAAUUUAAAUACUUCUCAUGAAAAUUAUAAUCUUUCUACAUUUUUGGGCUA